UCUCCAAAUCCCUUCAGUCUUCAACUAUUUACUAAACAUGACAGCCUGAUUUUUUUUUUGAAAAUUUUACCAAAAAUGCUUCUCGAGUUAUUCUUAGGUCCAGGUUUAUUUGUAUUAGUGAUUUUAGUUUUAUUUCCAUGCGUUGCAAUUUGCUUUAACUGCUGUCUCAGUUAUAUUCGUUAUUGUAUAAGGAAUCCAACACAAAGUACUCCAGCACGAACUGAAUAUCACCAAAACCAACGACAAGUGCCAGUAGUAAUUGAGAAGCCACCUGAGUACCAAAAUAUUGAUGAAUUUAAGCUACCAACUUAUGAUGAAGCUGUCAAAUUGGAGAAUAUUAAUGGAAAUUGUGAUGUUAAAGAGAGAUAUUAG